AUGUCGGAUUCUACGGUAGAGGGUGGUAAAAAGAAAGUAACCACAUUUAAAUCGCUGGGUGUUAUAGAGCCAUUAUGUCAGGCAUGUGAACAGCUUAAAUAUAAAUUUCCAACAGAGAUCCAAGCAGAAUCUAUUCCAUGGGCAUUGCAAGGUCGAGACAUAAUUGGCUUGGCACAGACUGGCUCAGGAAAAACCGCAGCUUUUGCUUUGCCCAUCCUUCAGGCGUUAUGGGAAGCACCACAGGGCCUAUUUUCUUGCAUUCUGGCUCCUACGAGAGAAUUAGCAUAUCAAAUAUCCGAAUCAUUUGAGUCUCUGGGUUCUAUAAUUGGUGUUAUGGACGAAGCCGAUAAAUUAUUGGAUAUGGAUUUUGGACCUGUUAUUGACAAAAUUUUAAAAGUGAUCCCUAAAGAACGACAUACUUAUCUUUUUUCUGCUACAAUGACAACUAAGGUGGCAAAAUUACAGCGUGCUUCACUAAAUAGUCCGGUUAAGAUCGAAGUUUCUUCAAAGACAUGCAACGAUACGCAGCGUCUUGCGUUAUUAUUAAGAAAUCUUGGGUUUCCUGCAAUUCCUUUACAUGGGCAAUUAUCACAAUCUAAAAGGUUGGGAUCUUUAAAUAAAUUUAAAGCUGGAAAUAGAAAUAUCUUGGUGGCUACCGACGUUGCUAGCAGGGGCCUGGAUAUACCACUUGUAGACGUGGUAAUUAAUUAUGACAUUCCAUCAAAUAGCAAAGAUUAUAUUCAUAGAGUAGGACGAACAGCUCGUGCCGGAAGAUCUGGUAAAUCCAUCACCUUGGUUACUCAAUAUGACGUAGAAUUUUAUCAACGUAUUGAACAAGUAAUCGGAAAGCAGAUGGAACUAUUUCCAAUCGGAAGUAAAGAAGAUGUUUUGUUGCUUCAAGAACGUGUUUCUGAAGCACAGAGAAUUGCCACGUUAGAAAUGAAGGAAGAACAGCAACAAAAGAAAGGAAGUAAAAGAAUUAGAAGUGAAGGAAAUGACGAUUAUAAAGACAGUGAAGAUAGAGAUCUUAUCAUAUCUAGCAAGUUGAGUAAAAAAGCAAAGAAAGCCGUUAGCGAGGACGGACCGAGGCCAGAAAGCCCGGUGCUUCAAGUUGUAAGAUUUUCUUCUGCAAAUCAAAAUAAUCCAAAUGAAUCUCUGCAAUCCAGAGUAAGAGUGGCCUUUUCUGACGGACAGGAACUUGUAUCAGGAAUUAUACCUGUUAAUUUACUGAGGAGUAUAAGUGGGGGCCGUCUUGAAAGAGGUCAACUACUCAGGCUGACUCACUAUAAUUGUAGUAUAAGUCAAAGCACCAAAGGGCAACAACCCCAAAAAGUAAUAGUUGUCAGUAAUUACGAAGUAGCUAGCAGCGAACUACAACCUAUCAUAGGUAAUCCAUUUCCUGGACAAGACACUGUCACCGAACGUUCUCGACCUUUGGCUCAUCCGAUCCCUCAACCUUCGGCACCACCAAAUCCUCAACUUCCUCAACAGCCUGCUCCAACGUUUCCGCGAUCUGUCCCUGGUAUCCAGCAACAAAUGAGACCACCUACACCUACUUUUAACGGAGGAGGUAUCAUGAGAUCCAGUUCCAAUGAUAUGCGGCGAACAUCAACAGGUCUCGCUGAUGAAGGAAUUUUCCCUAUCAAUUUACUUAGUCCAUAUCAUAACAAGUGGAAGAUUAGGGCCGUUGUUGGCUCAAAAUCGGACAUCAAACUUUGGCAAAAUCAAAAUGGUUCUGGAAAAUUAUUCAAUUGUACUCUAUUAGAUGAAAGUGGUGAAAUAAAAGCGACGGGUUUUGGACAGCAAGUAGACGCCUUUUACGAUAAAUUGGAGGAAGGAAAGACUGGAUCUAUAAUUGAGGAGGUUGCCAAUAAGAAUCCAACCGAUCUUAUAAAGUUUGAUUUUGUUCGAAUUGAAAAUAUAACACAAUAUGAAAAGGAUAAUACCAUCGAUGUUAUAGGCAUGGUCAUUAACGUUGAUGACAUUCAACCAAUAACGACCAGAACAACACAAAAGAGUAUUAACAAGCGUGAUCUUACCAUUGUCGAUCAAAGUGAAUGUCAAAUCACAUUGACAUUGUGGGGUCAAACUACAGAGAAAUAUGGUCCUUCAUUAUUGAAUACGGUUAUUGCCUGCAAGAACGUUCGAGUAGGCGAUUUCCAAGGACGCACUUUAUCAGCUUUCAAUGGUACUACAUUGCUCACCGAUGUCGAUAUUAAAGAAGCCAGAGAAUUACGCGAAUGGUUCUCAAUGUUAGAAAACGGCAAAUCUUUUACAUCUUUAUCUUCAUCAGGUUCUGUAACAAUAGAUAGAAAUGAGCCCAAGAAGUCUUUAAUUCAAGUUAAAAAUGAAAAACUUGGAAACGGGGAAAGAGCAGACUACUUUUCUACAAAGGCUACAAUCUUAUUCAUAAAAAGGGAGGGCAUAUCAUACCCUGCAUGUCCCACCUGUAAAAAGAAAGUACUUGAGGAUGGAGAUGAGUGGCGAUGUGAAAAAUGUUCACGAAACUAUCCAGAACCUGAUCAUAGGUAUAUAAUGACGGUCAGUGUGGCUGACUUUUCAGAUCAUGCUUGGUUUCAAUGCUUUAAUGAAGGUGGUGUCAAUGAAAGCGUAGAUUUGUAUGAGGAACGGUUUGACAAAUCAUGCUUGAAAUCAUUUGUGUUUCGAUGUCGUGCUAAGACUGAAAUUUAUAAUGAGCAAACUCGAAUUCGGUACACUGUAACGGGAAUAGCACCAAUUGACUACGUCGCACGGACUCGAGAUUUAUACCAGGCUAUAGGCCAAAUGGA